AUUAAAAGUAGAUAAGAACUAUUCUUGAAAUGACUGAAGUCGCCGAGCAGGAAUCGAAGACGCCUAGCGAACGCUUGGCACUCACUGAUGUGGGCGAGCUGUUGCCGGCAUGCUUAAAAAAGAAAACUGUGACUAAAAAGGACUUUGUGGAUCAUAUGGGUGGUGGUCGUACAUUUAAGCCAAAGAAGAUAUUUAAAUAUCAAACCGAUGGGGCACUGAUCUCUGGCCAUUAUGCGAAUAAUUUGAAGGUGAACUCAGUGGAGGAGAAGACGCGCACCUGGCCGUAUGCCAUGGAUUGGCGGGAGGAAUAUAAGCAGUUCCUGCUGCGCACCAAGUGGUGCAACGAGAAUAUCUAUAAACUCUUCUUUGAGAGUCCUCCGGUGCGCUACGAUCAAAUUGAAGAUUUUUUGAGAGAUUUGCGUAAGACUGUCUACGGAUCCGAUUACUCACCAAAUGAAUAUGUUUCGCUUAACAGUCAGAAAACGAUUAAAACCGAUAUCGAUGAUCCCAAUUGUACAUCACAGGAUAUUCAGACCACCUAUGGCAAUUAUUACAAUCGUUUGCAGGAACUCAAUAAAUUUGGUGCUAAUUUAUAUCGUGGCCCGGCACCCAAAGAUUUAUCCAUGGACAAAUUUGCUGAAAAUAUGCGCAAAAUCUUCCGCAAAUAUGAGCUGUCCACCUACUUUGAGGAGAUCUGUGUGCCAGCUUUAAUGACCGCUAAGGAUGGUAAAAUGCCCACAGGACCCAUUGAUCGCUAUACUCUGCGCAGAUAUUAGAUUCAUACAAUGCGUUCCAACUUACACGUGUUCCCAUUCAUGAAAAAGCGGUAGGAUGCGAUUGGAGCGUGCCACAGGCACAAAUAUCAUUGCAUAUUUCAAAUAAACGUUCGAGUCCUGCAACAAA